UUAUGUUGGAGUGUCAACCAGAUUGUUAAUGCCGCUGUAUUACUUCCGCUAACAUUAUUGCUAAGAUAAUAUUGCUAUUUUAUUUUUUUACAUAUCACAGUUAUUGUGAAUGCCGGUAUAUGAGGACUUUUACUCUGAACCUACAUCCCUCUGAACAGUGCAGCUCAAACAACUACAACUCAAACACAUUUUUUGAUCAUGAAGCGGUCACACUCCCUGGAGUGCAGGCAGAGUUUAUAGAUAGCAGUGAUUGUCUGUACCUGCUCAGUUGCUAGACAGACAGAACUGCCUGCAUUGAUCCUCAUAAGAGAUUAUCCAAUUAUAUAUACUGCACACUCAUUCCACUACAGACGUGUAGCAUAGACACACACACAGAAUAUACACAAGCAGUCCAUACACUCAAUUAAUUCUGUCAAAUGAAAGCAUGUGGGUAUGCUCAAAUGAACAAAACUAAAACUGCACACUUACACAUUCAAGACACCACUUAAACAUGCAUAUGUGAACAAACACCACGCAGUACAUUAGGUUUUGUAAUGUGCUUAAGGCAGAUCAAUUAGGCAAAAUUCAUGUAAACAUAAGGAACUUCAUCUGUUUCUGAACUGCUCUGGAAAUCCGUAAAACAUGCAGAAUUUCCUACAGGUGGGACUGUGCAGGGAGAUUACAUGUGGAUGGCUAUUUCAGCUGGGGCUAAGCCAGCGUUCAGCAGAGGAGGGAACCAGCUCGCUGGGAAAUAAUUUAGGAUUAGAUGGGCUGUCUAAUCUCUUUAUAGCGACUGUGCCAUCUCAGCAGCAUACCUGCCUACCUCUACAUCCAUGUCAUAUCUCUUAACGGGGGACUGGAGCUUCCUCUUUCCAUAUAUUAUGGAUAAUAUGUUCAGAGACACCCACAACAGGUGCUUCUGUGUGUUGAAAUAGUUUCUUUUGUUCACAUUCUGUGCCUUUUUGUUGCUGUACAUGGAGCUGCCUAUACACACCCAAAUCGAAGUUAUACCAUGCAAAAUCUGCGGAGACAAAUCAUCAGGUAUCCAUUACGGAGUUAUUACGUGUGAGGGAUGUAAGGGUUUCUUCAGACGGAGUCAGCAAAACAAUGCCUCGUACUCCUGCCCCCGCCAGAGGAACUGCCUCAUCGACAGAACAAACCGCAACCGCUGCCAACACUGCCGCCUGCAGAAAUGUCUUGCCCUAGGAAUGUCCAGAGAUGCGGUAAAGUUUGGCCGCAUGUCCAAGAAGCAACGUGACAGCCUGUAUGCAGAGGUCCAGAAACACCAGGCACGACUGCAGGAGCAGCGGCAACAGCAGACGGGUGAAGCAGAAGCUCUGGCUCGUGUUUAUUCGUCCAGCCUAACCAAUGGACUGUCCACCCUUAACCAUGAAAUUGGAGGCACCUAUGCCAACGGUCACGUCAUUGAGCUACCCAAAGGUGGCCAUGGUAACGGAGGAGGAGUCCCCGGGGGCUACUAUGGGAUGGAUUCCACCCAGCCGUCUCCAGACCAGUCAGGUUUGGACAUGUCGGGCAUGAAGCACAUUAAGCAGGAGCCGGUGUAUGACCUGACGCCAGUACCCAACCUGUUCAGCUACGGAGGCUACCAGGACAGUCAACUGGGGCCCAAUAAUGUCAGCAUGGGAGAGCUGGAUCGCAUUGCUCAGAAUAUCAUCAAGUCCCACUUGGAGACAUGUCAGUACACAACAGACGAGCUGCAGCAGCUAGCCUGGCAGACACAUUCCUACGAAGAGGUCAAAAUGUACCAGAGCAAGCCCCGGGACGUGCUGUGGCAGCAGUGUGCCAUCCAGAUCACCCAUGCAAUCCAGUACGUGGUGGAGUUCGCCAAGCGUAUCUCAGGGUUCAUGGAACUGUGCCAGAAUGACCAGAUCCUCCUCCUCAAGUCAGGUUGUUUGGAGGUAGUCUUGGUGCGGAUGUGCAGAGCAUUCAACCCUCUCAACAACACUGUGCUCUUUGAAGGGAAGUACGGAGGCAUGCAGAUGUUCAAAGCUCUGGGUUGUGAUGACUUAGUGAGUGCAGUGUUUGACUUUGCCAAGAGUUUGUGUUCGCUGCAGCUGACAGAGGAGGAGAUCGCUCUGUUCUCAGCAGCUGUACUAAUUUCCACAGAUCGACCAUGGCUGAUGGAGCCUCGGAAGGUCCAGAAGCUCCAGGAGAAGAUCUACUUUGCUCUGCAGCACAUUAUGCAGAAGAACCACAUGGACGAAGAUGCACUGGCAAAGCUGAUCAGCCGAAUCCCAACAUUGUCAGCCCUGUGCACGCUCCACACCGAGGAGCUUCAGGCCUUCCAGCAACUCCACCCAGAAACAGUCAACGUCCUCUUCCCUCCGCUCUACAAAGAACUCUUCAACCCGGACCCAAACUCUGCCAUGGCGAUGCCCAAGUGACUGCCUGUGGUCCAAAUGCAACAAAUGGCGUCAGCAGAGGACCAAGAAAACAUGACAGCCACCUCUGACAAGACGAUAGGAGCGACAUCGACUAUGUCAUCGUGGCAACCACAUAUUUCCGAGCUCCCCCAGGCACAUUUCAGGCUGGUGGGCAAGGAGUCAUCUGCUAGAAACGUAGAGUUACCGCCAACAAUACUAGGAAUGUCCAGCACUUAUCCCAUCCCGUUCACCGAUACAGUCUGAAGAAUGUAUAUAUAAAUGAAACGCGCCCCAAGCCACAACCUGAGCGGGGCUUCCACCUGUCUCCUGAACUGAACUGACUGACCAGAAAUGUACAGACUUUAAAACAUCUAGGAACAAUUUUAAGCUGUCGAUCUUUUAAAAAAAAAAAAUGGGUAAGUUAAUUUGAUUUAACUUUGAAAACAAUCGUUUUUGUUUAAUUUUUUUUUUUUUUCACAUGAAGACAUUGUGAAGUUGAAGAAGCUGGAUGGGGGAGGGAACUGUGGAUUUAGAGAAGCUAUUGUAGAUAUUCUUCUAGUGGAGAGCGGAUUCCAGUAUUACUUCUUGUUAUGUUAAAAUAAGUUAGUCCUAAUUUAAAUAUACAGCAGUCCACUGUGGCUGACUAUACCUUGUCUAUGUGUUUUUAUUUUAUUUGAUAGUUUCUUGUGUACAGAAUUUGUAAAGUUGAGACUUGUAAAAGAAAACUGGGUAAAAACUGGGAGUCGAUUUGGGUUUGUUGAUAUAUAGAAGCCUUGUCUGGAUUUUGUUCAUAUGUAAAGAAGGUACUACAUCCUUCUGAUCAGAACUUAUAGAAAUGUAAAGAGAGCAUAUGAAGGAUUUAAAAAGAAAAUAAUGGCUACUACUUUUCAAGGUGAAGAUAUAUACAGAAAUAUUCUAUUUUGCAAGAAAGAAAAUCUGGCAGAUUUGCCAUCCUAUCAAUCAUUUUUUUCUCGCUGCAAUAAUUUUGUCCAAUAAAAGCUGGACUGCUUUCAAACAAUCAAACGGAAACCACUAAUCAGAAACCAGGACCUCAUAGUGAACCCCACACCUUUUCCCAAAUUCCCUUUAACCCUGCCCUUUACGUCUUAUGUAUCAGGACCUUGAUGUAAAUUUCUGACAUACAGAAGUGGACAGAACUCUCAAUGAAGAAGUCCACCAAAAAUCAACAAAAUCAAGACAAACAAUGGAGUCAAAACAAACUUGAAUUUAGUUCACAACUUUCCAAUAACUCAAACCUGUCUGAGUGCCAGAAGGCCUCACCCCUCCAAUCACUAUUUGCACAAUCCAGUCCAUGGAUGCCAAUCACUCCAGGCUGUGAAUAUGUAGGACCCUUUCUCUAAAGAGCAAUAACUUUCACACUGCCUUUCUGAUCUUAUUCCUCUCCUUUCCUCCUCUUCUCGCUUUAGCUGUUCGGAACAGGGUAGCAGUCUGAACUAGAAUGCACUAUAUUUCACUCUCGAUCAUUGGUUAUGUCUAAUAAUCAUCUAUACUCAUUCCACCACAGACUCUGCAGUGUUUUUAGCGUAACACAGUGUGGUCUGGGUUUAGGACGUAAAACAGCACUGGUUGAAAGAUGUGAAGAAUGCUGAUAGCCUCCAAUCGUCUUUGACAUUAUUUAAAGCUGCAAUAUUUACAAUAACAAUUGAUCAAGGAAGCUGUGAUAGACAAUCACUUUUUUUACUUUGUCAUUCCAGAAUUAUUAGCACUUACUUGUUGCUUUUUCUGUGUUUUGUUAAACAGCAUUUGGCCACUGUGUAGAAUCACACUGGCUUUACCGGGCAUUUUACUGGGCCUCAGCAGCACCAUCAACAAUUUAAAAAAUCAUUGAUGGAUUUUAGUAGUUCCUGCAUGCAGCCAUUAGAUGCUCCGUAUGCAUUACUUCUGCAAAGAGAUCAAUGAUUAGCUCUUAGAAAUCUCAGCACAGCUAAAGAGCUCCAAUUCAAAAUAAGGCAUUUAUCAAAAUAAGUGACCCUCUACAUAAUAGUCACACAGAACUAAUGGUGCUUUUAUAGCUUGUUACCUAACACAGGGUAGACAAAAUGGCAAUUAUGCUGAAGUUAUUUUUGUUUUGUUUUUAUUUUUAUCUAAGAUAGCACUUUUACCUCCACUUAAAAUGCUAUGAUUAGUGGACUCUGAUCUAGUGUUAUUAAAGCACUAAAAAAGGGGACCUGCAUUAGGUUUCCUGAUGUUCGUUGCACAGUGGCCAAAUCUCCGAUUUCCCAAAGGUACAGUCAGACUGAUAACGUCUUAAUUAGCAUAAACAAACACUGGAAUCCUUAUUAAUUUGUAUCCGUCCAUAUGUGUUUUUUAAGUGUGGAGGACAAAAUCGUCUGCAACAAGCACCAAUGUUAACCAUCAGCAAUCUGCUCACAUUCAUCUGUUCCAUGCUGUGUCAGUGAUCAUUUACAGGUUCCUCCGAAGUCCAGCGUCAUUCCUUGAACCCCUGACCCGACCACAGAUCAGAGGCCAGUGACUCUUAAAGACAAUCACUUGCUCAUUAAGGCUCGAUGCACUACACAGCAUCUCUCAGGGAGCAGCUCUUUUUCUGACUUUGCAUUAAAAGAGGGUUUUAAUAUUUUUGCAAAAUUUACAAAAAAAAAAGAAUUAUAAAAGAAUAACUUUUUAGAAUAAAAACGGCAUACGGCGCGCCAAUGUAUGCCGGCAACGGAAUCUGCCCAGACAAGGCUUUGAUAGAUGUAUGUCUGUGUGUACGUGUGUACAGAGCAUGAAUUCACUGUCCAAAUCUCUUUAGAGCCCAGACUAUAUGACGAGCAUUGUUACAUAGCGCAAGAAGAAAAACAAAAAAAAUAUACUAUAUUGUCAGUGUGCUGUCAUCACCACUGUACGCUCAUGUUUACUGCUUAUUUUGCUGCUUUCGGGACAGAGAGGGAAGUCCACUAGUAAAACUGUGAUUCAAACGCCACCACAACACCCCUGGGACAGUGAAUUCCAACUCUGAAUAAGAAGUUUUUGUGUGUGAUGUUUUUAUUUUCCCUUGUUAGACUGUGAAUCAGAGGGGUGGGAUGGGGUUGCGAGGGGGGAUGUGCUGGCAGGAAUGAGUGGCAACGCAACACUGUAAGUAAGAUACUGUAGCAAUAAGACCUGGAGGCAUUUACUACUGUCAUGUUUGCAUUGUAAGAUUAUUUUUUAUUUUAUUACUAUUUACUAUUAUUAUUGUUCUUAUUAUGACUACUAUUCUUCUAUUACUAUUAGCCUAUUGUUGUUCUGUUCUAUUUGCAUGACGUUUCAUUGCAAUGAAACAUUUGGGGCUUAUUUGUGUUUUCUCUUCUCAUGAUAAUGUGGGUUUCGUGGGAGAGGUUUUUUGGCAGGGUGGGCAAUGGGUUUAGGGCAAAUUCCACAUCAAUUCAGUCAGUUCAAAGCAAUUCUUUUUCACAAGCUGAAAUAAUUUUUAAAUAAAAUGCUCUAAUUUAUACACAACCAAUUUAAAUUUGUUGGAUUUGCAAUGAUUUUUUUCCCUCAACCUCUGAAUGUGUGAGUUGCUACAACCACUGAGCAAACGGCCCUUUCUGAACUGGCCUUAUUGAACUGGAUCAGAGACUCUUAACCUGCUGCGGGAGGGAACGAUGUGGGGAGGGUCAAUCUAUUCUGAAUGUUAUGGAGUAGCCUGUUCAGUGUGAGGGGCUGAACGCAUCAUGCGCCUUUACCACUCCAUCAACACAGAAUGACAUCACAGAGCGCACAAUAAAAGUUGUCGCCAUUCUUUGCGGCGACUCGGACGAAUUGCGCAGACAUUUUUAAUACGCUUGGUUUGAAACGCAUUUCUUACACUAAGUCAAAUACACUCCAAAACCUCCUUCUCCCUUUCCUAAGAAAACCAGAGUGAGCAUGAGUGUGUGUGUGUGUGUGUGUGAGAAAGAAAAGAGAGUGAGAUGAUGUUUGCUCUACCAAUGCUUUGUAAACUAUCUUGAUGCAUUACACAUGUGUGCAAUUGGAGUAGUGUUGAAAAUUGUUAAUUUAUUGUUUAGAAUGUCUUUGCGUCCCAGCAAGAGCAAAUAAAACAAAAAUGUAGCAAUCUGUAACUGGAACCUAAAAGGUACUUGGGCUACAGAACCUCUUUUACACAGGACUAACGAAACAAAACAAUAAAACAAAAAAAUACAAAAAAAAAAUGAGACAUUUUGUUUGUUUUCAAAGUGCCAUAGCUAGUGAGGAGAGGACGGAUUGGCAGAGUGGGGCGUAGAUGCUUUACUGUGUGAGUUUACUUGAGAAACCAAUCAAAAAAGGGGAACUCCAAGGAAAAUGUGUAUUUGAUUACACUGACAAACCGUUUUUACAUUUUAUGCUUUUUUUUUUUUUCAUUUGAUGGGGACUCUGCUGGCCUCUGAACUCUGACUCGACCAUAAAUCCAUGAGCUCUACUGCGGAGUUUUCAUUUUCACAUGAGAAUAAGAGAGUGUACGUGUGCAUGAAUGCAUUUGCAAUAAAGAGAGCCACAAACACCCAUAAUUGAUGGAUCAGACUGGGUUGAAGUUCAGAGCUAUGCAGGGGCCUUAGUGAGUCCUCCUUUGAGAUGUAUAUACAAUGUGAAGGUCUGAAGUGAUUUUUGUUAAAUUCUAUAUUUUAUCGCUUUUGUAGACAUUUUGUUGUGGGAAGAAAAAAAAUAAAAUAAAUUUUAUGGGUGCA